AAAAAGCUUGAGAGAAGCGUGUUUCAGUUUGCACUUCAUCUCAUCUGGCAUCUGCUGAGAUCAGUCAUGCCAAGUAUGUCACGAUGGACAAUUUCUGCAACGGAACACUAGUUUGGAAUGAAGAUACGACAUGGAAUCACGACUGGCCGGAAUUCACUGCGUGUUUCCAGGACUCGGUCCUCGUGUGGGUUCCAUGUGCCUGGCUGUGGAUCACAGCUCCGCUCUACAUCUACUACCUCAGCACUGUUCUUCCAGGCCGAGUUGUCUCCCAUUGUCCAUACAUAGGCAAACUGUUUGUUGUUGUUGUUUUGUUGCUGCUGUCGGUGCUGGAACUACUUCUGGUGAUUUCCCAUGAGCAGAGCGGUGGAUUCUCCAUUCAGCUCAAGUCGUUUCUGUUGGCACCAGUGGUGAAGGCUCUCACCUUUAUACUGUGUUUUGUGUUGUUGGUCGUGGAGAGGAAGAAAGGUCUGAUAUCGUCAGGAGUGUUGUUUAUUUUCUGGCUUCUGCUCUCAAUAUCAGGAAUUAUUCCAUUUUACACAAAAAUAAUACAACAGGUCUACACCGAAGACUUGCUUGGAUUCAGUUUGUUUUACAUUUACUACAUGUUAGUUUUGUUGGAACUACUGCUGCACUGCUUUGCUGAGAAACCCUAUUCAACUCAGUCUGUUUGCCCAGAAACCAUAGCCUCCUUUCUAUCAAGACUGUCAUUCUGGUGGGCCAACAGAGUGUUGUACCUGGGCUACAAGAAGCCACUGACAGUCUCUGAUGUUCCGUCUCUAAACCCGAGAGAGCUGUCAAGUACUGUUGUACCAAGGUUUACCGCUAACUGGAGACAACAAGUGGAUAAAGCCAGAAGAAGACUGCAGCACCAGCAGUCCUUAGUCUGUAACCAUGUUGAAGAAUCAGGAACUUCUGAGUCGACUCCUCUGCUGGCAGAAGUGAAGACGGGCAAGAAGAAAAGUGGGAAGGCCCCGAAGCCGUCACUAGAGAGGACGCUGAUGAAGACGUUUGGGUUGGAGCUGCUGCAGGCUCAGUUCUGGAAACUGUGUAACGACGGGCUGCUUCUACUCAAUCCUUUGAUUCUCGGACUGUUGAUAGACUUCACUGAAGACAAAAGUGUUCAAGAGUGGAAAGGCUAUUUAUAUGCGGCCAUCUUGUUUUGUUCUAUUUUCCUCCAGUCUGUCUUCUUCCACCAAACCUGGCACCAGUCGACAUCUCUGGGCUUACGUAUCAGAGCCAGCAUCAUUUCAGCAGUAUUUAAAAAGGCCCUGACUAUGGACAACAAAUCGCGUAAGAAGUCGACGAUGGGUGAGAUUGUGAACCUGAUGUCAGUGGACACGGAGCAUGUUCAGAACAUGAUGGGGUGGAUGUGGACGAUGUGGUCGAGCCCGCUGCAGGUGUGUCUGUGUCUGUACCUGCUCUACACCACGCUGGGACCCGCCAUGUUUGCCGGGCUAGCACUGCUACUCAUCCUCUUCCCCAUCAACGGCGUCACCAUGGCUUUCCUCGGCAAGUAUCAGGAGCAGCUGAUGGCCGUGAAGGACACGAGGAUAAAACUCGUCAAUGAGGUGCUCAGUGGAAUCAAGAUUCUGAAGCUGUAUGCAUGGGAACCGUCCUUUGAACAGAAGAUUCUUGACGUGCGAAACAAGGAGCUUAAAAUUAUCCUCAAGAUGUCGCUACUGGACAGCUUCAUGACAUUCUCGUGGACUGUCGCGCCAUACGCGGUUUCCUUGGUAACCUUUUUGACCUAUGUGUACACUUCUGAAGACCACUACCUUGACCCACAGAUGGCUUUCGUUGCCAUCUCGUACUUCAAUAUACUACGCUUUGCUGUCAACCUGCUGCCACUGGGACUGACAGAUAUAAUCAAGGCUGUGAUAUCUCUUAGACGGAUUGGACGUUUCCUCAGUAGAGGCGACCUUGAAACAAACAAUGUCAUACAUGAUCCACACCAGCGAGAUGCUAUUGUGAUUGACGACGCUAAUUUCUCAUGGAGUGAAGAAGCCGGACUGACCUUGCACAAUAUCAGUCUGAAAGUGGCUGAAGGAGAGCUGAUUGCCGUUGUUGGUCAAGUAGGAAGUGGCAAGUCAUCACUUAUUUCGGCCAUACUUGGAGACAUAAAGAAGUUAUCAGGAUAUAUCAGCACAAGGGGACGUCUGGCGUACGUACCACAGCAAGCCUGGAUUCAGAACGACACAAUUCAGAAUAACAUCCUGUUUGGGCAGCCAAUCCGGAGAGAAGAGUACGAGAAUGUUCUCGACAUUUGUGCCCUAAAACCAGACCUGGAAAUACUGCAGGCUGGGGACUUGACAGAGAUUGGAGAAAGGGGCAUCAACCUGAGUGGUGGUCAGAAGCAGCGUGUGAGUCUGGCCCGCGCGGUGUACAGCGACGCUGACAUCUUCCUGCUGGACGACCCUCUGUCUGCGGUGGACAGCCACGUCGGGAAGCAGAUCUUCGAGCAGGUGAUCGGCGACACCGGGGUUCUCCGCGGCAAGACGCGGGUCUUCGUAACCCACGGCCUGCAGUGGCUGCCCAAGGUGGACACAAUUGUGGUGCUGAUCGACGGGCGCGUGUCUGAGAUCGGCUCGUAUGAUGACCUGCUGGACCACAACGGCCCCUUCGCCCAGUUCCUCAGGAUGUACUUACUGCAGAGCGAGGAUGAAGGAGAAGAUGACCCUGAAGUGUUUGAGAUGCGACACACAGUUUUGGAGAGGUUGUCAUCUAUCAGAAGUGAAGAGGAUGAAACAGAUGUUGAACUGCGAGAGAAAAUCAGAAAGCAGUCCGAGAGUAAAGCUCUUGAUGAUGAUGUGAAGGACAAAGAGAAGGCAUCUGAGCUGAAAGCAGCCGCACCAGACAAGCUGAUAGAGGAGGAAACCGUCGAGUCCGGACGUGUGAAGUUUGCUGUGUUCAUCAAGCUGGCAAGGGCAAUUGGGAUCCCGUUUGUCUUCUUGAUAAUUGGCCUGUACAUCCUGUUUGAAACUGCUGCUGUGAUGGCUAAUGUGUGGCUCAGUGAAUGGACUGACGAUGCCAGUCUGGCAAACUUCACGGCUCUACCCGUCAACAGUUCAGAACGAACCGACAAGAACGACUUCUACGUCGGGAUUUAUGGUGCAUUUGGAGUCGCACAGUCUAUUUUUGUCAUUGGUUUCUCCAUCACGGUGAGCCUGCGCUCUGUCCACUCCUCACGUCACCUCCAUCGUCUGAUGCUGUCAAACGUGCUGAAGGCCCCGCAGUCAUUUUUCGACACAACGCCAACUGGACGCAUCGUGAACCGGUUCUCGCAGGAUCUCGACACGAUCGACAACGAGUUGCCACUGACAUUUGAAAUGUUCAUCGACUGCGCGGUGCUGGUGCUGGGAACUCUCAUCGUCAUCAGCUACAGCACCCCCAUCUUCCUGGUGGCCGUAAUACCCACUGGCAUCCUCUACACUCUGAUACAGAGAUUUUACAUUCCAACGUCACGCCAGCUAAAGCGCCUGGAGUCGAAGUACCGGUCGCCGAUCUACAGUCAUUUCAGCGAGACGAUCUCCGGCUCCAGUGUUAUCCGGGCGUACGGCGUGGAGGAAGACUUCAUUAGGAUGUCCGAGAAGAAAGUAGACAUUAAUCAGAAGUUUGACUUCUACAGUUUUACAUGCAACAGAUGGCUUGGUUUUCGAUUAGAGCUGUUGGGGAAUUUUGUAAUCUUGGCUGCCACGAUGUUUGCUGUGUCAUCUCGAGAUGUGAUAUCUGGAGGACUUGUGGGACUGUCCAUCUCAUACGCCUUAGAGAUGACUGGAAACCUGAACUGGUUGGUACGGAUGACAUCUGACCUGGAAACUCAAGUGGUUUCUGUAGAAAGAGUCAAAGAAUACACAGAAAUAGAAACAGAAGCAGACUGGCACCAAGAAAACUGCCAUCUUGAUCCAUCAUGGCCACAGUUUGGCCUCAUCCAGUUCAAAAACUAUUGCACCAGGUACCGACCUGGCCUUGACCUUGUACUGCAAGACGUCAGUUGUGUGAUCAACCCUGGAGAAAGGGUUGGAAUUGUGGGAAGGACUGGUGCGGGAAAGUCUUCUCUUAUGUUUUCUUUGUUUAGACUUGUGGAACCUGCGACAGGGGAGAUAACUAUUGAUGGAGUAGAUAUCUCGACUAUUGGACUGCAUGACUUGAGAUCAAGGUUGACAAUCCUACCUCAGGAUCCUGUGAUGUUUGUUGGGAGUCUGCGGUUGAAUGUGGAUCCGCUGGAUAUCUACAGCGACGAGGAAAUCUGGACAGCACUGGAGCACGCUCACUUGAAGACGUUUGUCGAGUCACUGCCGGACAAACUGCUGCAUGAGAGUGGGGAAGGGGGAGAGAACUUGAGUGUUGGACAAAAGCAACUUCUUUGCCUGGCAAGAGCUUUACUUAAGAAAACAAAAAUCUUGAUUCUGGACGAGGCUACGGCUGCUGUUGACAUGGCAACAGAUGUCCUCAUCCAAGAGACCAUCAGGUCAGAGUUCAAAGGUUGUACGGUGCUGACGAUCGCACACAGAUUGAACACGGUCAUGGACUAUGACAGGAUCUUAGUUCUGGAUCAAGGACGAGUGGAUUCGUUUGACAGUCCAUCGACCCUGCUACAGCAGAAGAGUGGUAUCUUCUACCAGAUGGCCGUUGAUGCCGACAUCGUAUCGUAAUCACUGGACUCUCUUAUACAGAGCAUUCUCUACCAUUCACAAUUGAUGGUCUGUCAUGCAGGGUUAUUCUCUAGCAGACCGAAUUCUCUGUCAUGCAGGGUUAUUCUCUAGAAGACCGAAUUCUCUGUCAUGCAGGGUUAAUUCUCUAGCAGACGGAAUUCUCACCAAAUAACAUACUAUUUGCUUCUUUACCAGAAUCAAUUUUUACUAGAUCGAUUUAAUUCCUUGCUAGAUGGAUUUGAUUACCUCUACUCUAAACGUUGAUUCUUUACCAUACAAAAUUGAUUCUUUACUACACAGAAUUGAUUUUCUGCCAUACAACAUUGAUUCUCUUCCAGAGUUGAUUCUUUACAAUCUGGAGUUGAUUCUCUACCAGAGUUGAUUCUCAGCCAAACAGAAUUGAUUCACUAUUCAUAUCUUAUGAUCUGUGCCAAAAUAUUGCCACUGUCUUUUUAUGUUGUAACUUAACAACUAAUGCUAGCAUUUUUGUGAUCCUAUUAUGCUAUGAUAAACAAUUAUGUUUUUGAAACCUUUUAACAUUACCACAGAUACUUGUUUUAUAGCAUAGACAUACUUCCACAGAACAUACUUCCACAGAACAUGUACUAGUACACACCACUGAGCCAGAAAUUACUAUUGCCACAGAACAUAUUGUUGCUAUAUAACUUAUCUUAUCUUCAGAACAUAUUGCUGCUAUGUAACAUGCUGUUACUGUAGAACAUUAUACACUAAUACUUCAGAACAUAUUGCUAUCACAUAAAAUACAUUUGUCACAAAAUAUAUUAUACACACAGUUACUACAGAGCAGGUUUUUUUCAUUGAAUAUUCUGCUACCGUAGAACACAUUGCUACCACAUAAUAUACUUGUCACAGGCAACAUUGCUACCACAUAAUAUACUUCUGUCACAGGCAACAUUGCUACCACAUAAUAUACUUCUGUCACAGUCAACAUUGCUACCACAUAAUAUACUUCUGACAUGGGCAACAUUGCUACCACAUAAUAUACUUCUGAGUCCGGCAACAUUGCUACCACAUAAUAUACUUCUGUCACAGGCAACAUUGCUACCACAUAAUAUACUUCUGUCACAGGCAACAUUGCUACCACAUAAUAUACUUCUGACAUGGGCAACAUUGCUACCACAUAAUAUACUUCUGAGUCCGGCAACAUUGCUACCACAUAAUAUAAUUCUGUCACAGACAGCAUUGCUACCACAUAAUAUACUUCUGUCAAAGGCAACAUUGCUACCACAUAAUAUACUUCUGAGUCCGGCAACAUUGCUACCACAUAAUAUACUUCUGUCACAGGCAACAUUGCUACCACAUAAUAUACUUCUGACACAGGCAACAUUACUACCACAGAACAUAUUGCUGCUAUGUAACAUAUUGUUACUGUAGAACAUUAAACAUGGCUACUUCAGAUUCUAUUACUACCACAUAAUGUACUUCUAUCACAAAAUAUAUUAUACACAGCGCUACUUGAGACCAGGUUUUUAUCAUUGAAUAUUAUGUUGCCACAUGUCAUAUUACUGUCACUAAAUGCCUUACUUCCACAGAACAUAUUGAUGCUAUAGAAGAUAUUGCUACCGCAGAAUAUAUGUCUGUCUCAAAAUGUAGAUACUACUACCAUAAACAUACUGCUGUCGUUAAGCUUAUUACUUCUUCCAUAAAAUAUAACGGUACUACUACUUCGAUAAUGCACAAUAACGUCCAUAAAGCAUACUACUGUUUUCAAAAAGUAUACCACUUUUUCCACAAAUCAAGUUACGUAUAUAACAAAACCACACUUCCAGUAAGUAUAAUGAUGGUGCUGAAUUAAAUAUAUAUGCAUUUAUCCAGUAAUCACAAUAUCUAUAUCUAUAUAUAUUUAUUAUAUAGCAUUUAGUGAAAUAUCUUAUAAUAUCAGUGAAAUAAAAGUUAUUAGUCACUCAGUGAU